AUGGCCACUGGGGGGACAAGACAGAGAGAGGAUGGGGACGGGGUAAACAGUGGCGGUAGGAACUUGAAGUGGUGGACGCGACGGCCGACUCAACCGUGGCCGAGCAGCGACUCCCAGUACGGACCCGUCUGCGAAUCGAUAUCCGCGCGUCCGACGUGGCCCGGUUCCCAACCACGACGGACUCGGAUGAUCUGCCACGGGAGUGGGAAGAACCCGACGUCUGGCAACCAACAGAGCCGCCUGCGCGGCACCAUCAGGUUUAUACGAAUCUCCCCUCACCGCGGCCGGCCACAGAAAGCAGAACGACGCCCGCACCCCGCACGCACGUCGACCCCAGGCUGCCGGGAUGUCCGACGGGUCGGCGUUGUUAGUGUCAGCGUCAGACUCAACGUCAGCGCGACGACCGACCGUGCCCGUGCGCCCUUGGACUUCCGGAUGGGGCGCGUGCAGCGUGCAGGGUACGCGUACGCGUACGCACGUACGGCAACCAUCGCCUUCCUCAGGCGAAGAAUCUCACCCUGGGAAUCCGGGCUGCCGCGACGAAGACACGAAGAUUGGCCAUUCAAUUGGGACAAGCUUGACAGGACCUGGCAGGUUCCAGUCUCUCGCCGACUGCGCAUCCGCCGGCUGCUGGAGACCAUCAGUCAGCUAAGGGUGAACGCGCACGAAGCUGGUUAUCCGCCUCAGGCUGCAGCCGCCACUGCGAUGGAGCACUCCUCGCAUGUAGUCUGCAUGAUCCUCAGGCAGUACAGGCUCAUCGACCUGCCCGUGUCCGUACGCCGUAGAGACAAGCGCGCAGCGGACGUCAGCCUCUAUCAGCGCGAGGGAGCAGGCUACACGAGUUCAUCGCCUCUCUGGCCUGGUGGCCCAGUCGGCGAUAGAGGCAGCCUCUCCUUCGCAGAUGUCAGCGGCGCGGCGCAGAAGGUCCUGGCCGCCGCAGUUCCAAGCAGCCUUCUCGAGAUUACCUACACUCAUAUCGGUCCCGACUCGCUCGGAGGGAAGGGUGAUACUUGA